AUGGGAAACAUCCUUUUCUUAAUCGGCCUCCCCUUGAUCCUCGGCCCGUCCAAAACCCUCUCCUUCUUUGCUCGCCGCCAAAAACUCACAGGAACCAUAACUUUCGUGCUAGGAAUCCUGCUAAUCCUCUUCCGCUGGCCGCUGACGGGAUUCUGCGUCGAAUUAUACGGUCUCUUCGUACUAUUUGGGGACUUUUUGGUUACAUUAAGUGGAUUCGUGGGGUCUGUGCCUGUGGUGGGACCACCGUUGAAGAGACUGCUAGUGUUCAUUGGAACGGCCGGAGGGAGGAGAGGGAGAGGUGGAGAAUUGCCUGUUUGAUAUUUCUUUAAUGAUGAUUGAUAUUAAUAGGCUCAGGAGUGUUGCUGCGGUUAAGUGUUUGAUAUCCGUCUUUAUUUUAAGUUUUUCUUCUUC